AUGAAGUUUUCCGCUCUCUCUAUUGCCGCUUUAGCUACUGCCGCCACCACCGUUUCUGCCAACUUUACUCUUUCUGAGCCUUGGUCUACCUCCGUUUGGACCUCGGGUGGAAAUGCCUCUGUUGCUUGGACCUCUGUCGAUGAAGCUGGAAAGAAGUGUGAGAUUCACUUGUUGACUGGUAACGCCACUGCUGCUACUUUUGUCAGCAAUCUUACUGCCCACGGUAACUUAGUUCCUUGUGACUUCACCAGAGCCAACCUUCAUCCUCUUCCUGAUUAUAUCUCUGGUGAUUACUUUGUUCGUUUCGGUGAGAACGGUGGUGAUACUGCCAACUAUGCAUACUCUGGUUACUUCAAGUAUGUUGGUAACGGUACUGCUUCUUAUGAAACUCUUACUACUACUCCCGCCCCUGCUGCUGCUGCUGUUGCUACUCCCGCUGCUGAUGCUUCCGUGGUUCAAGCUGCUGUUGCUCAACCUGCCAGUAUCUAA